CCUUGAUACGACGUCAAAAGUCAAAAUUCUCUGGCCGCAUGUCGGUAACCUCGAAAAGACGAGAAUAUAUAAUUUUUAGAUUUUCUCAUAAAGAUUGACUGAUUAAAAAAAAUGUCUUGGAUAUUUGGUUACGGAAGAGGCAGAGAUCAACCGCCGGAUUUAUCUCAAAUGGGCCUUGGGGUUCCAGCGGGGGCCGGUGGCUCUGACGAUGGUUCUCCAAAAGAGCCCAGUUUAACUAAAGCUGAAAGGAAGGCGAUGGAAGCUUACAGAUUUGACUCUACGGCUUUAGAAAGAGCUGCCCAGGCUGCUAGAGAACUUGAAAAAUCGAAACAUGCCAAGGAAGCUUUAGAAUUAUCAAAGCUACAAGAAAGUACAAGACAAGUCGAACAACAAGCUAAAAUAAAAGAAUAUGAAGCUCACAUUGCGCAAAUGCAAAUCGAAGCUAAAAGGGCAGAAGCUGAAGAAAAGAGGAAAUUGUUACAAGAAGAAACUAAGCAGCAUCAAGCAAGAGCUCAGUAUCAGGAUCAGUUGGCUAGAAAACGUUAUGAUGAUCAACUUUCGCAACAGCAACGAAUGAAUGAAGAAAAUUUAAGGCGGCAAGAAGAGUCAGUUGCUAAACAAGAGGCAAUGCGUAAGGCUACAAUUGAACAUGAAAUGGAUCUGAGACAUAAAAAUGAAAUGAAAAGGGUAGAGGCGGAGUUAAAGGCAAAAGCAAAAAUUGAUAGAGAAAAUCGAGAUUUAACUCUGGAGCAAAUUAGACUAAAGGCAGAAGAGAAUAGGGUUACUGUUUUAGAGAGCAUAAAGACUGCAGGUACAGUUAUAGGCUCAGGGGCACAGGCAAUGCUUACAGACUGGAACAAAGUACUUACUGCAGCUGGUGGCUUGUCAUUACUUGCUCUUGGUAUUUAUUCUGCUAAAGGGGCCACAGGAGUAACGGCAAGAUACAUCGAAUCAAGACUAGGCAAACCAUCCCUAGUUAGGGAAACCUCACGCUUUUCCUUAUUGGACUCUGUGAAACAUCCCAUUGAAACAGUUAAAAAGUUAAGGACGACAGAGCAGGAUGCUUUGUCAGGUAUAAUUUUAGCUCCAAAGCUAGAAGAAAGGUUGAGGGAUGUAGCUAUAGCCACGAAAAACACUAAACAGAACAGAGGAAUGUAUAGGAAUAUUUUAAUGCAUGGCCCCCCUGGAACCGGUAAAACCAUGUUUGCGAAGAAACUUGCCAAACAUUCUGGCAUGGAUUACGCAAUUCUAACUGGCGGUGACAUAGCUCCAAUGGGUAGGGAUGGAGUAACGGCAAUACACAAAGUAUUCGACUGGGCACAUAGUAGUAGGAAAGGUCUUUUAUUGUUCGUUGAUGAAGCUGACGCCUUUCUGAGGAAGCGAUCCUCAGAAAAUAUCUCUGAAGAUCUACGAUCUACACUCAAUGCGUUCCUUUACCGCACGGGAGAACAGAGUCAGAAGUUCAUGUUGGUUCUGGCCUCGAAUACGCCAGAGCAGUUCGAUUGGGCAGUGAACGAUCGUCUGGAUGAAAUGGUGGAAUUCUAUCUGCCGGGCUUAGAGGAAAGGGAACGUCUCAUUAGGUUGUACUUCCAGAAGUUCGUUUUAGAACCCGCUGCAGAAGGAAUGAGGAGGUUAAAAGUGGACAACUUUGACUACAGCGCACUCUGUAGUAAAAUGGCGCGUAUGACGGAAGGUAUGUCUGGCAGAGAGAUUGCAAAAUUGGGUGUUGCAUGGCAGGCAGCUGCUUAUGCUUCAGAAAGUGGAAUACUUACUGAGAAAAUGGUCUUGGAAAAGGUUGAGGAUCACGUCAGACAACACAGGCAAAAGGUUGAGUGGCAAUCAGAGCAGGAGAGAAAGGAGGCAAAAAGUAUAUAUCAUUCAGAAAAAGAAGAUUCAUAUAUACCGAUCAUUCCUAAAAUUACUGAAAGCCCACAAACAAAUGAAAAAGAUGUAAAAGAAACAUCGGGGCAAUCAUCGGAAACAAUUCAAAUCAUUAAAGGCGUUUCAGAAAAAAGCCAAACAGACGAUAAAACGGUGGAAAAGAGAUAGAAGCUACUAGGAAAUUUUAGCUAUAUUUGUGUAGAUAGAAAGUAAGCGGAAUGAAUUAUGUGUUUACUUUGUAAGAAAGUAAGUACAAAAGGUAAUUUCAUAAUUUAUCUCAAAUACAAAUAGAGGGUUGCAUUUACUGUUAUUGUUUAAAUAAUGCUCUCAUUCUUUUUUGUACAAGUUUUGUAAACUUAUUUUUGUGUCUGGCGUUUGUGAUAUAUUGGAUGCGCCUCAGGGAAGUUUUAUUAAAAUUCUCUGCAUUCAGUCCUUCUAUAUAUUUUGUUAUGUAUUAUUUUUAAAAAUGUAUAAAAACUAUAU